AUGAACAACUCAUUUUCGAAUUUUGAUUAUCUUCCCGAUUUAUUCGCUUCCGCGUCAUUGCAUUGGAUACUUUUGAUGAUGUUAUUAUCAUAUAUUUCACUUCCAUUUUAUAUAUAUGUGCACAAAAUUAAUAAGCAAAGAGAAGAGAGUUUCCCACUUAUAAUGAAACAAUUUUACAAAAUGGUAAAAAUCGCUUAUUUCUGUUUUUUCAUGGUUAUUGUAAUAGGAUCUGUGAUUCUUCUAACCUUUUUCUCUAACAUUUUGUCAAACCCUUCUUUUGAAAAAUUCCAUAUUGUACUCAUUAUCUUCCUUCUUUUUGGUGGCGCCGUGGUAACAAUUCAAUUUCUUGCUUUCAUUGUAACACUGCAGGUGUUUCAUGUUCUGAUAUUUCUCAUCGCCAUUCAAAACUUGUUGCGAUUUUUCUUUCCGUUAAGAUUUUCUUUAUUGAAAAACUCGACAGAUAGAUAUGUUAAACAGUUUUAUAUAUUUUUUGUAUCAAAAGAAAUUGCGUGUUUUUUGCUUUUCGCCGCAUGUGAUAAUGACUUUUUGCCCAGAAAUAUUUGGGAAACCGGCCACGUUGUAUAUUUGAUAACAUUUCUAAUAAUGAACGUACUCAUUUCCCAGUUGUCUCCAUUGAUCUAUAUUCCAAUAAUAUGGAGAACACGGAAAAAUAAAACUCUUAUGUAUUCACAACAACAUGCUUAUCUUUAUAGAUAUGUUUUCUGGCAAAAUGUUCUAGUGUUCUCGUUUAAAACGAUUGCCUUGCCAUAUUUGAUGGAAAAUCCCGAAAUUGAUAGAAUUUUAGUUGGAAUUUUAUAUAACGAUUUUUCCACGCUACCAUUGACAAUUCAGCUGUCCUAUUUGUGGUGCAAUCGACACUGUUUAUUUAUCAAUUUUAAUAUCAAGACGUUUUUAAAAGUUUUAUGUGGUAAAGAUGACGUUUCUGUACAUCCAGUGGCUGCUCCAAUUGUGUAUUCUAUAACCUAA